GUUCUCCAAUGUUUGGGGACAUUAUCUAUUUUAUUUCUUGGGGUUUGUUUCCCCUGCUACUUUUUCUAGUCUCUUGCAAUUUCUUGAGGCACAAGCAAUGCUACAAAGACAAAAGAAAGGUGCCACCAGGGGAAAUGGGUCUUCCAUUCAUAGGGGAGACAAUGGAAUUCUUCAAUGCUCAUAGGAGAAACCAAUUGUUUGAAGUGUUUGUUCAUCCCAGGAUUCUGAAACAUGGGAACAUCUUCAAAACAAGGAUCAUGGGGUCUCCAACAGUGGUCGUGAAUGGAGCUGAGGCAAAUAAAUUCUUGUUGUCUAAUGAGUUCAAGUUGGUGAAAAGUUCUUGGCCUUCUUCCUCGGUUCAGCUCAUGGGAAGCGACUCAAUCAUGGAGAAAGAUGGUGAAAGGCACCGAUUCCUACGUGGUGUUAUUGGCACAAGUCUUGGUUAUGCUGGUCUUGAGCUACUAGUUCCAAAACUGUGCAAUUCUGUUAAGCUUCAUUUGGCUACAAAGUGGAAGGGCCAAGAAGAGAUUAGUCUUUACCGUUCAACAAAAGUCCUCAGUUUUAGCAUAGUGUUUGAGUGUUUGUUGGGGAUCAAAGUGGAGCCAGGUAUGCUAGAUAUCUUUGAGAAGGUAUUGGAAGGAGUGUUCUCUCCAGCAGUUAUGCUUCCAGGUUCUAAGUUUUGGAGAGCAAAGAAGGCCAGGGUGGAGAUAGAGAAGAUGUUGGUCAAAGUGGUGAAAGAGAAGAGAAGGGAAAUGGAAGGAAGCUUGCAAAGAGAACAAGAUGGAAUGCUGCUGUCAAAGUUGGUGUAUGGGAUGAUCCAAGGGGAGAUCAGUGAAAAAGAGGUCAUAGACAAUGUGGUGCUGCUGGUUUUUGCAGCUCAUGAUACUACUUCUUUUGCUGUUGCUAUGACAUUCAAGAUGUUGGCUCAGCACCCUGAUUGCUAUGGAAAACUUCUUCAAGAACAUGUUGCUAUAAUUAGCAACAAAAGAUGGGAUGAGAAUGUAACAUUGGAGGACAUAAAGAAGAUGAAGUAUACCUGGCAAGUUGCUAGAGAAAGCAUGAGAUUGUUCCCUCCUAUCUUUGGUUCUUUCAGGAAGGCUAUUACUGAUAUUGAAUAUGAAGGAUUCAUUAUACCAAGAGGAUGGAAGGUGCUAUGGACAACAUAUGGAACACAUUACAAUGAAGAUUAUUUUAAGGAUCCAAUGAGUUUCAACCCUGGUAGGUUUGAGGAGGGAAUACCCCAAUAUGCAUUUGUUCCAUUUGGAGGAGGACCAAGAGUGUGUGCAGGUUACCAAUUAGCUAAGUUAAAUAUCCUCAUUUUUGUGCAUUAUGUUGUGACCCAAUAUGAGUGGUUCUUACUCCAUCCAGAUGAGCCAAUUGCAAUGGAUCCCCUACCUUUCCCUUCCCUUGGAAUGCCCAUCAGAAUUUCUCCCAAGUCCACAUCAAAUGAAACAACCACAAAAUGA